AUGGUGAAAGCCGCCGGUGCCGACGCAGCAGCACCAGCGCCUGACAACAGUACAACCAACAGCGAAAACAGCGGCUCCCAGGACAGCGGCGUCCACUCGGAACCGCCGUCGGGCCCUUGUUCGGCGUUCCACUCGCAGGACUCGAUCGACCAGCUCCCGAACGAGCAGGAACCCCAGCUGAUGGACUCCAGCGAGGCGGUGAAGGCCGACCAAGCCGACGAGGACAACAUCCGGUUGGGCGACAAAAUUAAGCUCAUUCUGGACGAUGCGUUGCUGCUGAAGCAGCAGCAGUGCGGUGACACCGAGAAUGCCAUUAUUGUACAGCAGUAGAGGAAGCGUGCGUGAGUAGACAAUUUCAAUUCUUUUAAUUUCAUCCCGUCGAGGAAGCGCUGGGCUGCACAGUCUCUUGUUUGAACAAUUUCGCGCUAGACACGGGUUCGCGAGUCGUGGCAAAAAGACUGAAAUACGAUGUGUUCUCCAACAAUGAAGUUAUGAGCAAGAGUGCGAGCGCGUGCGAAUGUGGACAAAAAAAAACUACCCAAAACAAAAAAAAUACGCAAAAGUCUUACUUAUAAACAGUAGAUUCGGUAGAAAUGUUAGCAGCCGGAAAGUUAUCUCGUACCAGUUGAAGUGUUUCGCAGCUAUAGAAUUUCUAUAAACAAAGUUAAACAAACACACAAAAAAUACUCCAACCUUUAAGCAGCGGAGAAAUGAAGAAUAUUGGUUAGCCUGUGAUUUCUCCCCCUCCUCUAAAUUUUAAAAUUGAGUCCGGCAAGCUCGCGAAAUCACGUCGUUUAAAGAGUAGCAGCAGAAAUUAGGAGAUUUUUUCAAAUAAAAAUCUAACCAACAACGACGUUGAGAGCGAAAUGUGAAAGCAAAUUUCGCACUCCAAAUUGUACAAUAUCGGCGAAUACACACACGAUUGAACACAACAGAAAUUCUAACGCGAUAGGUUAAGAAAAAAAACACAAAUAGGAAUGAAAUUAGGUCAAGUAAAUUGAAAAUAAAGCAAAACAAAAUCGUUUAGUAAAGUACAUCGU